UCACAGUGGUUGAAUGUUUUACACACAGCGGUAUUUUUCUGAGUGCUCUGUGGGUUGUAGCCAUUUCUUUCAUCGCCCUGAAUCCGGUUCUUCUGCGUGGUUUCAGAGCAGCAUCUCCUGUCCGUGACUCACACUUCAGAGUGAACUCAAGUCUUAUUUUUCUCUAGUUUUCCGCGGCUGGCUUGUUUGGCCAGCUGAACCUCGUCGAGAUGGACCCAGCGAGCCGAUACCAAGUGUUGCACAAUGAGGACGACUCUUCGGAGGCCCCCGCAGGCGAGCCGCAGCCGUGCACUUCUGCCACAGCCCAGGCCGGAGCAUCCGGUCAGGACCAGAGCCAGACUCAGGUCAGCCCGACCCUGACCCUGGCGGGGGAGGCGUCAGGCGCGAGGACUCAGGGGGAGGCGGACACGGCACCACCUCCGUAUGCCUCCAUUGACUUGGGAGCAACUGCUGCAGCAACACCUGAGACUAGUUUCCGAGGUGACUUUCCUGUGCCUCCGCCCUACAGCGUUGCCACCUCGCUGCCCACGUAUGAUGAAGCAGAAAAGGCCAAAGCGGCCGCCAUGGCUGCAUCUGCAGUGGAGGUGAUGCCACGGGAUGAUGAAUUCCCAAUCAGAGAUGACUUCAGUGAUGGUGAUCAGCUCAGAGUGGGUAACGAUGGGAUCUUCAUGUUGGCCUUUUUCAUGGCCUUCCUGUUUAACUGGAUCGGGUUCUGCCUGUCCUUCUGUCUGACCAACACCAUCGCGGGGCGCUACGGGGCCAUCUGCGGCUUCGGCCUUUCCCUCAUCAAGUGGAUUCUCAUCGUGAGGUUCUCUGACUACUUCACUGGCUACUUCAACGGUCAGUAUUGGCUCUGGUGGAUCUUCCUGCUGCUCGGUCUCCUGCUAUUCUUCAGAGGCUUUGUGAACUACCUAAAAGUUCGCAACAUGUCAGAGAACAUGGCCACGUCUCACAGAACACGCCUCUUCUUCCUCUACUAAAGGUUCUCCAUGCCAUCACCAUUCCUUUCCAAUGUGAACUUCCUUCCCUCCCCCGUCAAAUGACCUGACUGAGGAGCCUUGCAGUGAAGAGAGGAGACGGGGAAGGAAUGGAGGAAGAGAAGUAUGGAGAAAGUGUUACCAGUCUUAUUAAAAGUAAAACACGACUCACUCUGAAGUAUCUACUUAUGACCUGAGCUGAGAAAAAAAAAAAAAAAUCAUUUCUUACUCUUUCAUUUUCCUUUGAUUCAAAGCUUUUCACGUUGUCUUCUCUUGGAUCAUACGAAGCCAAACGCCAGUCCAGCUCGUGUGUCACAGAGACCUGACCUGAGGCCAAUUUCUAAGUGUUCCAUUUAUUCACAAAGCACAACAAAAUGAUGUAGGAUGUACAUAAAAAUAGCUGUGGCAGUUCUAAGCUAGCUUAUGUUAUGCAGUGACAGCAGUGUUAACGGCUUAAAACUGAAUCACAAAAACCUUUCGUGACUAUAAAGUAACAUUUGGAAUUUGAAAAUAGAAAACGUGUAGGAGGCGAAUACCCAUUAUGAGACUUUGAUAUUCAAAUUUCCCCUCCAACUCUGCCUCGUUUGUCUCACUCGCAACAAACAGGAAGUAAGGAUUCACUGACUAACAGACUUUUUAGUUGCUCAUGGGAUUUUCAAACCCACAACUGUUCGUACUUGAUUCUAAAUGAAUUUAUUUCAGGAGAAAUUACUGUUUUAAAUAAAAGGCAAUGUUGUUAAAAGUACAGUGAAAAACAUCUUCAGUACGACUGGUGGUGUGUUUAUAAAUUCCCUGAGGAAUGUUGAUGUGCUUCUCUUUGUGUGUGUGUGUGUGUGUAUGUGUAUAUAUAUAUAUAUAUAUAUAUAUAUAAUAUGCGCAUUCCACUUUUUUUUUUUUUUUAAAGUUCAGGGUGUUUUGAUUAAGUCUUACUUUAACGGUGAUGUAGCAGUUUUCACAGUUUGAAUCCAUCUCAGAUUUUCUUUAAAUAAAAGAAACAAAAGAAACCAGAAAAGACCCUCGGAGGCAAAAUUCAUGCAGGGUUUCCAUCUUUAACGGCACUCAGAUGUGUCCCACAUGCACGGAUCCUUUUAUUGUUUUUAAACCAAACACCUGAGCUCUGCUCAGUCAGGCAUGACUCACAAUAUAAUAAAAUAAAUGAAGCUUUUCUUGUGAGAACCAGUCAGUGAAGUAAAGCCUCGGAGAAAGUGUUUGAAAUUUCAAACCAGAAUCUUGUAUUAAAAUCAUUUCAGAUAGUGGAGGGAGGUGCCAAAAAUUAGCAUCGGUGACAGCAGGGCUCUGCUGAUGUCACUGGGAAAUAUUUAUCGAUGACGUAAUGUUACAUAUGUGAGGAAGAGCUUGAAUACUUUAAAGUUGGCAUUGGCAGAUAUUGGCUCUGUUGACUGAUAUCGGGAAUAAUCGUGGCUGAUUUAUGUAUUUUCACACAGUAGUUGUACCAUGAAAAAAAUGUAAGCAUUUUUCGCACUACUUUGUUGUUAGCCUGGAACAAAAGGGGGAAAUAAGACCCCAAACCCCCCUCCUCAGUACCAUUAUGGCUUUUUUUCCCAUUAUCUAAUCAUACUGAUGCUUUUUUUUGUUUGUGUUUGUUUCCCUCUGUGUUCCAGAGUAACAACUAGAACGCUUCCAGUUAUGUGACAGAAUAAAUAUCUGCUACUUGUGUUCCUGCUGUUCGUCAGCAGAGCCAAUAUCACCAGUUUUCUGCUAACAUAUCUGAACUCAAUUAAUUAAAAGCUUCUUGUUUGUCAUUAAAUGUUGUUAUUGCACAAGUAAAGAUAAAUAUCGGCCCUUAAAAGUGGAUAAAUUUGCACCAGCACAUUUCCUGACUUGUCUUUUUUUCUUUCUUGCCCUUUAAUAAUAAUCAUGACAUCAGCAGGCCUAUGCAGUGAUUUAUUUAUUUUUUUUCCCCUGUUUGAAUCAAAGAAAAAUGAAUGUCAAAAAUUUUUUUUUUCUUAUUUUAACAAAACGUAAUAUUUCACAGCACAGUUCAAUUUGUCUCGUUCAGCUGUAAAACAGCUACAAAUACUCACUGACUUUGGGCAAAAUGGUGUCUGUCAGCUACCGAGGAGCUGAUCAGUGAAAGCUCGGUGGGGACACUGGUGUUUUUAGGCUUCUGCGGCCGGAUCGGCAGGAAGCGACCAAAAGCAGGCCUCGUAUGCAUUUCCUGCUUCGGUGCUGUUGGAGUUUGGAUUUUAAAACAAAGCAUUUUUACAUAGAGUGCAGUAAUGUGCCGGGCUGAAGGAGAAACUCCUUGGAGUACAUGAGUCUUAUGCAAUUUACUCAAUUGUAAUGACCUACAAAUAUUGUGGCUGUAGAGUCCUGUGACGAUGAACUAGAUGUAGUUGAGUAGUUUAAUCCUCACAGAUUGAGAUCCAGUUGUGACAUCAGGGAGUGAAAUGGCUGUUUUUAGACACGCUGGUUCUGCAUGAUCUGCUUGACUUGGACAAAAGCCAACACACGGAUCUCUCUCUGGGGAUUUUCUGAUUAAAUUUAGAAUUUUUUCCAUUUUUUUUUUUGUUUUUGUUUUUUAUGGCUUGCGAAGCUUUCGGUAAUAUGACCUGUCCCUUUUUUUUUUUUUUUUUUUUUAAAUAAA